AUGGCAGUUGCCGACAUGCCUGUGCUGUCUAUCAGUCCCCAUUUCGACCACGUCGUCCGCAAAGAAGGAAGCCCUUUCGUCAUCAGGUGUACGGUGAGUUCAGAUGACGGCUUCGAUCAUGAAUACUCGAUCUCGUGGAAAGAUCCUCAAGGAAAUCAGAUCCCAUCGUCAUCGAAAUAUCGAAUUCACGUGCUCGAACCGCCAUUCAGGAAAAGCAGAACGUCUUCGUUGCUAUUUUCGAGCCUACAGCGAGACGACCAGGGUGCGUAUGUCUGCGAAGCCACCAGCGGUGCACAGACCUUCACACAGACGUACACAAUUCAUGUGAUGCAACCUAUGUCAUGGCUUACUCGUGACCCGGUCGUUGGAGGUCUUCUUGAGGAACCGCUUCCAAUUAACUGCGUUGCGGAAGGCGUUCCAGCACCAGACGUGACAAUCCUCAUGCAGGAAGGAAAAGCUCUUCCAGAUCAGCGCUUCACGGUUGUAAACAACGUGCUGACGAUAGACCCGCUGCUGAUGGACGACCGGGGGCUGGUAAUCGAAUGCACCGCCACUCAGAUUUCCGGCGACGAAGAUUACAGCAACGUGGAGCACAAACUGAUCACGGUCGAUGUCUAUUAUCCGCCGAAAUUCGAGGAGAGCAUCUUGUCGCGUUACGGAAUCCCCGGCAAAAACGCCACCUUCCCCUGUGCAGUGAAGGAGAGCAAUCCGCCCGUGAUCGACUUCCAGUUCUGGCUGGACAGUCGUCGUAUUCAGGACGACGACAAGUACCAGGUGGAGGUGAACCUGCUGGAGCAACGGGCGACAUUGCACUUACGGUACGCGGAGUACGACGACUUCACCAGACCAAUCAAAUGUAAGGCGACCAACGGCAAAGCCGAAUCAGAGCUGUCGUUUGUCUUCAAGGAAGCAACCACACCGGAGUCUCCACAAGCCGCUUUCCUGAGUUCGUCUGACCACAGCGUGACGUUCCGGAUCGUUGACGAUCUGAGUGAUGCGGAGAAAAGCGUCAGCAACGUUCCGAUCACCGAAUACAGAGUCCACUUCAUUCCGGCUGCGCUUCUGGCCAUGCACAAAAACAGAUCCGUGGAGGAUAUUUGGCGAAGUAAUGCGACCGUUGUGCAUGUGAAGAAAACCGAAGACAACCAAUACACCGUAGGGGAUCUGAAGCCGGCCACGAAGUACGCGUUCAGAUUUCAGUCGGUGAACGAGGCGGGCUGGAGCGAGCACGGAGCGACCCUGCUCGCAGAGACCGUCACGGUUUCGGACGCAUCACUGGCCACGACACCGUUGAUGCCGAUGACGGCGACUACGGCUUCUGGCAAGCGCGUAGGUGCCCCCCUGCACCCCCUUCACCCACCCGGCCCUGAUCCACCCGAUAUCCUGUUCGUCGUCAUAACGGUGCUGUUUCGUCGCGUAUACGACAUGUGA